AGCUGGAAAGAAGUUGACUGUACAGAUCCAGUCCACCACCGCCUCCCCGAAGAUCGGUUAACCGUGUCUCUGGCCGCAUUUCUGAUGACCGGAAUUUUGAGUUUCUCCUGAAGUUGAAAUGCGGUCACACCCCUUUCAUUCGGCUAUCCGCUUUUAAGGGUUCCUGUCAACAAGUCCGGACAUUCAACCAGCCGCAUCUCCACGCUCACAUACGGUCGCAAUGCUGGGUGGACUGCAAAGGCCGCGAAAUUCCAAUGCUCUCGGUGCGAAGAGCAUCCAAUUCCAUGGCGUGGCGAGGUCGUAAAAGUGUUGACAGCGCUGCGAUGGGUUGACCGAGCACGGCCGCCCUAAGCACAAACAGAGCCUAGCGUACUGUUGGGUGCAGCGUAGAUGUGGUCACGGCCUCUCACUCCUCUCCUUUCAAAAGAUAUCUCCCCUCCCGCCUUGCUCCUUCUCAGAGAGCUGUUGCUGAAUCUGUUGUUGUCCUGUUGUGCAGCUGGGCCUCGCUCUCUCCCUCUGCCUCUUCUCGCACUCAUCGCAUCUGCGUGGUUGAUAGUCUCUCCGCCGCUCCAGCUCCAGUGCAUCGCAUCAUAUCCAUAUCCCCGAUCCCCUCUGCCUCAUACCCGACUUGAGGCUGCCCGCACGUGGCGUUGCUGCCCCUGAGUGAUCACGCAUUUUCUGGUCUAGCAGCCCAGCACCAGCACCAGCACCCGCACCCGCUCCAGCAUCGGCUCCCAGCCUUGCCCCAGUGCUGAAAAGUACCCGCCCGAGGUCAUCUCUCAGCACGCGGUCCCAGAUCUUCCACUUCCCCCAAUCCCCAAGCGAUCGAUUCACGACCACGACCUCAUCAUCCUCACCUCUACCGCCCACCGCCCACCACCCGCCGCCCACUGCGGAAAAAAAAACCCCAGACGAUCGCCGGCCGAACGAAUCUCUGCCGCCAUACGUCCUCCUCCCUCGCAUUUUGGUGUCGUCGAGAUCCUUCCUCCCGGUUCCAACUGCUCGACGCCCUUUUCGUGGCUUUCGCUUGCCGCACUCACGCGCCUGUGUCCUAUCGCAUUCACUUUUUCCGCCUGCAUCGUAGAAAAGGCCCUCCGAGGACGUUACACGGCUGUCUGCCCUCUUCAACCUACCCUUGGCCGCCCUGGCGCACGCAUUUCUUCAAUCUACACGACAUCUUCGACGUGGCUCAUCGUCGUUCUCUCUCUAGAGAGCGGUACCGCUCCGGACGAGCUUCUAUUGCGACACUUGGCUCGGACCCGCUUCCGCGUCAGAGGUGUGGUAGUUGACAACUUUCGCCAUUUUCAACACCACACGAGCUCCGUGAUUAGAAAUCGGCCAGCACGAUGAAUAGCGUCAAUAUGACGGGGAUGAAUCCCAUGUCCGGCGGUCCAGUUGGUGGAGGUAUGCCGACCAUGAUGAACCAUGGGGCAGCUGGACGUGCACCGAUGCCGGUAAACGACAACCAACGGUCGCAACUCAACACUUACAUCUACGACUAUUUCCUACGGAAUGAAAUGUAUGAUUGUGCGAGGUCGCUACUCCGAAGCGACCAGCCAAUGAAUGUUCUUAAGACCAAUGAGGGAAAGAUGAAUGGAGAUGAUGGCGCCAAUGGCGACUCAAAGGAUGAUAUUGACUCAAAGCAACCGGACGAUCUACCACCGCCCAAUCUUCCCAAGGAAUGUCCAGAAAGCUGUUUUCUAUACGAGUGGUGGUGCCUGUUUUGGGAUAUGUUCAAUGCGCAACGCGGCAAAGCAGAUGGGCGUGCCGUGAUGAAUUACGUUGCUCAUACCCAGGUUUGUACCAUCUGCCAAUUGAAAUUGCUUGGCUUACUCUACAAAUAGGCACAAUCGCGGCAAAGACAAGAGCAGCAAGUUGCUAUGUUGCGAGGCUUGAGACCUGAGGGCAUGAUGCAGAAUGGUGGCGCUUACCAACAAAUGAUGAUGCGAAACCAGGCAAAUGGAAUGAACAUGCAUCAACAAAAUGAACUGAGGCAGAAGGCUAUUCAAAACAGACAGAAUGCGUAUAGACCAAUAUCUCUCACAUCGAUCAAAUCACAUUCUAAUUUAUAUCGCAGGACUCCGCAACAAGCGCAAAUGCUCGCGCAGCCGAAGCAAAACCAAAUGCAGAGAGACCCUUCGGAUGGAAAUAACCAACAGCGUGCCCAAUCUCCAGCAUCCGCAGAAAACGCCCCUUCUCCGUCUAAACGCCCUAGACUAGACGGAAAUACUCCAUUUAACCCAAGCCAGAUGCAAAAUGGAAGAGGACAACAGGCACCAGGAAUGCCUCAACAGGUAAGCCCCAUUAAUAUUAACAGGUUGGUAUAGACCUAUCUAAUCUGAUGAUUCCGCAGUUUCAGGUUCCUGGCGGUCCCAAUGCUCAAGCUACGCGUGCAUACCAAGCAGGAUUAGCGCAGCAACAAGCAGGCCAAAUGCCUAUUAACAAAAUGCCAAACCAAGGCCCGCAGAGUCAAGGUUCGCCAAUGAUGCCACAAGGUGCCGAUGGAUCGAAUGUUGCCAACUUUUAUAAUCCUGGAACUGACAUGGGCGGCAUGGGACGGGGAGGUCCUAAUGGAGGCCAAGGAGGUAACGCUGCUGGCAAUCACGCAUUGCAAGAUUAUCAGAUGCAGUUGAUGUUGCUUGAGCAGCAAAAUAAGAAACGGCUUAUGAUGGCCCGUCAGGAACAAGACAACAUGACGAUGCCACGAGCUGAUGGUGCUCCUGCCAUGGGAGCAAAUGGCCAACCCUUCCAGGGAACAUCUCCACAAGGGGCUCGAAAUUCUCCGAACCCAAGCGAGCAGAUGAAGCGAACGCCACAUAUGGGUCAAAGCAAUAUCCCCUCCCCACUUCCCGAUGGACAAACUCGGUCGCCCAGUGGAAUGAACUUCAACAAUAUGGGUCAAGGUAACCCUAUGGAUCCGAACAUGGCGCAGAAAGGCUUUUACCCUGGGAUGAACGGUAUGGACCAGAACAUGGUUGCGGCUGGUAUGCAAAAUGGUAUGCGUCCGCCUAGUUCCCACCCAGGAGGAUCCUUCAACAACCCGAUGGCCCAACAACAAAUGCAAAUGCAGCAACAACGUCAACAGGCUGCUCAACAACAGGCACAACAACAAGGUGGUCAGAACUGGAACGGACCUGGAGGACCUAUGGCCGCCCAACCAAACCAAGGUGGUCCACAGCAAAUGGGAACCCCUCGACAAAACACAAUGCCUCCUCCUUCAGCACUUGCAACCGGCGCUGCAGUUAACGGACGAACCCAACCUCCAUCCCCACAACAAGGCACAGCGGCGCCUCCUACUCCUCAACAAGGCAACAAGGCCAACCCGAAGAAGAAGACGGAAACGAAGGAUGCUAAAGCAAAGGUACUUUCCAUAGCGUUUAAAUGGAUUUUUUGUAGAAAUGUUGACAUUGAUGACAGCGCGCUGCUAAGAAGGUAUCCGCCCCAAAUCUCAACGCCGGUGCAACUCCAUCCACCGAUGCUCCUACCGACGGUCCAACUCCAACGCCUCAAACCCCGAUUACCCCUCACACGAAAAGCUUCGCUCCACAGAAUGGCGCCGCCCAACCCGUCGCAAACGGCCAACCACCUGCUCCUCCUGCGAACGCCAAUGUGGCUGCUUCACAGCAACCGGAUGCUAUCGCGGGCUUUACCGGUUUGGAUAAUCCUGUAAGUCAAAUCCCAUUCCAUGCUUUAGAGUAAAGUGCUAAUUCGGUCCAGUAUGAAUACAAUAUGGGAUUUGCUGAUCCACAACUCGGCAAUUCGGAUGUCCUCCAGGAUUUCGACUUUGAUUCAUUCCUUCAUCAAGACGGUGAUGUCGACAACUUCAACUUCGACACAGGUUUUUCCAUGGAAGAUGGUGGUCAAAUUGGUGCAGAGUAA